AUGUUCCUCGUAUGUAAGGAAUGUGGAGAGUAUAGCAACAGUGAAGAUAUUUGGGUGUGGUGCAAACCUUGCAACGCACGACAUUUUCAAGAGAAAUUUGGCACUUGGACAAGUGGAAAUAGUGUUAUUGACAAGUUUAUUCAGGAAACACAGCUUAGCGCUUCCGAUCACUUUCAGAAAUUAGAGUGGAUUCCAUAUAAUCUAUUCACCGACGUCACUUAUCUCUCUCAGGGUGGUUUUGGUAAAGUGUAUAAAGCCAUAUGGAAACGAGGUUAUAUUUACAAAUGGGAUAUUGAAAAAAAGGACUGGUCAAGGCGCGGGGACCUUCUCGGUGAUACUAAAGUUGUCCUAAAAAGCCUUUACAAUUCAGAAGAAAUAUAUUCGGAAUUUUUUGACGAGAUUAGAAGUCAGCUAAAAUCCAUCAUCGUGAAAAGAGGAUAUCGAGUCAUACCAUGUUAUGGAAUAACCAGAAAUCCCGAAUCAUCGGAUUUUAUGAUGGUCAUGCGGUAUGCUGAAGAGGGAAGUCUUCGCCAUUACUUGGAUAAAAAUUUUCACUCGUUGGAUUGGUAUCAAAAGUUGAAAAUUUUGUAUAUGACACUUAGAGGACUCGAGGAUAUACACAACGCAGGUCUCACUCAUCGUGAUUUUCACGGGGGGAAUAUCGUAUUAUUCAAUUUUGAAGACGCGUGUAUCACCGAUUUCGGUUUAUGUAAACCAAUUACCAGUAAUGAAUUAAAAUAUCAAUUUGGGAAAUGGUUUGGAGUCUAUGAUUCCAAAGAAUAUGAUGAAUUUUGGGAUCAAGUUAAGGAAAUAGAAAGAUGGAAAAAAACCAACCCAACUAAUGUUGAUCCUUCAGGAUCUGGCAUCGUUAAUGCGGUCUUAGAACUUUCCGGUGAUCCUCCAUUUAUUGCAUGGCAUUGCGAUGUAAUGAGCGACAGUCAUCCCGAUCUCUUACUGGAAAUGAUUAUUCGAAAAUUUUGGGUGUGA